GGCUAUGGAGGGAUAAACCCCCCAGCACUGCAGCCGGGCUUCAGUCGCUGGUCUUCAGCGCAUGAAGUUCCCACUCCAUAGCCCCAGACCUCUGAGAUCUUCUGGAAUAUUCUUAACCUGCUCUAGGGCUGAACUUUGGAAAAUGUUUGUCGUCGUGAUCCUAUGCUUCUGUCCGAUCUUAUUUUCGUCUGGACAGGAGUGCUCCACCCGUGCUGAGCUGCAGAGCUCUCUGAAGCAGGUCCACAAGCUGCUCUCCGCCCACGAGGCGUCCUACACCCAGAGCUUGCGUGCCCUCCGCAAGAAGAUCAACCUGCUGCAGCAGACCACCGCCAAGCACGCCUCCCGGACCACCAACAGUUCCUGUCCAAAGCUGGACGUCCCGGUCAACGGCCGGAGGCUGGGCAAGGCCCAGGCGGUGGGCCACGAGGUCCACUUCACCUGCGACCCUGGGUACACCCUGGGGGGCCCGGAGACACGGGUCUGCCAGGAGAACCUGACCUGGAGCGGCCAGGGGGCCGUCUGCCGAGACGUCAACGAGUGUGCGUCGUCCCCCUGCCUCAACGGAGGGUCUUGCUCGGAUGAGGUGAACCAGUUUUCGUGCACGUGUGCCAAAGGCUGGACCGGAGCGUCCUGCCAGAAUGCGGCUCCGUCAUUCGUCAGCUCCGUGACGAACGUGACCGCGGGCUCCUCCCCCACCGCCGCUGCUGCUGCCCCCUCUCUGCCGGCGGACGCCAGUGCGGCGCAUACGCGUCCGUUACGCUGCACCCAGGUCCAGGGGACCACCCACUGCACCUGCGAGCCGGGGUACACCAUCUCUGGGCGGGACAGCAGCACCUGCACAGAUAUUGAUGAGUGUGAGGUGUUCCAUAACGGGCAGGCGGGAAGGAUCUGUCACCACGCCUGCAUCAACACACCUGGAGGCUACCGCUGCGUCUGUCCCGCCGGCUACGAGCUGACGCGCGACGGACGCAGCUGCAAAGACAUGGACGAGUGUGCCAUCAGGCAGAACAACUGCACCAGGGAGCAGGUGUGUGUGAACACGUACGGAGGUUUCCAGUGCGUCCGCGUGGAGUGUCCUCGCAUGCGCAAUGCCACCUACGUCAAAACUGCCCCGAUGCGCUGCGAGCGGAACCCGUGUCCCGUGGACAACAAGGCGUGUCCCCUGGCGCCCAACUCCUUCUCCUACCACUUCCUGUCCGUGGUGUCCAACCUGUCGGCGCCGCGCGUCAUGUUCCGCGUGUCGGCCAUGAGGCCCAUGGGCGACGCCCUACGCUUCUCCCUGCUGGGGGGCAAACUGGCCCGCCGCCACUUCACCGUGCAGCGGUCGGACCGCCAGACGGGUCAGCUGAUGCUGGUCACGCCGCUGGCCGGUCCCGUCACCAUGGAGGCGGAGAUGGAGAUGACGGAGCUGGAGAGACGCGUGGUGCUGGGCCGAUACAUCACCAGGGUGACCGUGUUCGUGUCCCAGUACGACUUCUAGGGGGAGGUAGAGGAGGAGGGGGA